AUGUCGUCGCGGAAGAAUCACGAGCUGCCGGAGGGAGGAGCAUGGGGAAGCGACGCCGGCCGCACGGCGGUGUGGGACACCGGGAGCUCCUUGUAUGACUCAUACAAGCUGGCCGCCGUGCGCCGGCUCCUCGACAAGCGCCUCCUCACCCUCCGCGACGCUGAAGAGACGAGGGGCAAGGGCAGGCAACUGGUGGUCAUGCCGGUCGUCAGCAGCAGGAGGGUCCACCACAGGGGGAAGGCCACGCUAAGGGCGCUCUUCAGGGCGGUGGCCACCUGUGCGGCCCGGACGAGGCAGGCGCUGCCGCUCGCCUAUGCCUACGCUGCUGGCAUGGUCCAUGACCACCAGGGUGGUUCCCCGGUCGAGCCGGAGGAUCUACCGUCCCGUCCCACGGUCAACUUUGAUGAUCAUCCCUAUGUUUAG